AUGGCUUCGUUCGGGAAGCUCACGGAGUACUUCAGCCUGAGGAAGUCGAGGAUGGAGCUGUGCUCUGGGCGGCGGAGCCGGCGGAGCGGGAGCUGUUGCUGUAGUGUCACCGAGUGCAGGUCUCUGGACAGAAAGCUGCAGCGACCGCUCCUGGGGAAGUCCCGAACGCUGCCCAGCAUCCCGCAGUCACCGGUCCUGAGCAGGCUUCCCCUCCUCGACCCCACCACGUACAGGGAGGAGAUGCCGGAGCAGAAGCCCUACAAGAAGCACUCGGCCUCCGAGCGCCAGAAAGGCUGCACGGUCCCAUCUACCGGGGAGGCCUGGCGCCUGGAGGACGACUGCACAGACCCCCCCGGGGACCCCCAGCUCAGCACGGCGGUGGAGGAUGCCCCAUUCAGCUACUUCCGCACCCGCUCCUUCUACAUGAGGAAGAGCCUGUCGGUUGACAACCACCUGGGCUCCCUCAGCUACGCUGUCCACCCGGCGGAGACAAAGGCCGAGCGUGUCAAGACCAAGCUGCGGCGGCAGUUUAGCCUGGGGUCAGCGGACAAGAAGGACUUUUACCAGCCAAAGUCGGAAAGCAGCCUCUCUAGGUUUGCCCACCGCUUGUCGGUUAAGCAGAAGCAGGAGAAGAGAAGGAAAGCUGAGUAUGCCUCAGCCGAGCUGUCUGCCUUCCGGCCCAGGUCUCUGAGCAUUGAAUGGUCAUCCUCCCCUAAAAUGACGCAGCAGAUGCGGGACCUGAAGCUGGCGCAGGCCAGGAAGCCGCCGGGCCCUUCCUCACCGAAUGCGGCCAAGAGGCUCUACCGAAACCUGUCGGGGAAAUUCCGCGUCAACUACACGUCCUUCGACGAGGGCAGCCUGGCAGGACGGGGCGAGAAGGAGAAGCUCCGCAAGUCUUACCUGUUCCAGAGCAAUGCUGCCCUCUUCGAGGCUGUGGAGCUGCAGGACUUAGACAGGGUCCAGGAGCUGCUGAAGCAGUACAGCCCUGAGGAGCUGGAUCUCAACACCCCCAACAGCGAGGGACUACUGCCCCUGGACAUAGCCAUCAUGACCAACAAUGCUCCCAUCGCCAGGGCGCUGCUACAGGCAGGAGCGAAGGAGAGCCCACACUUCGUGAGCCUGGAAAGCCGCUCACUGCACCUCUCCACGCUGGUGCGGGAAGCGGAGCAGCGCGUCAACGAGCUGACGGCGCAGGUGGUCAACGAGGCGCCCAACGCCGACUGCUCUGAGAAGGAGAAGCAGCUCAAGGCCUGGGAAUGGCGAUACCGGCUGUACAAGCGCAUGAAGGCAGGGUUUGAGCACGCCCGAGCGCCAGAUGCCCCCACCAAUGUCCACCUCUCGGUGGCCAGCAGCUCCUCGGUGCAGGUGACCUUCUGGGAGCCCCUGAGCGUCAAUUCGGCUGUUGUCACCAAGUACAAAGUGGAGUGGAGCUGCUCCCCAACCUUCUCACCACUGCUGGGAGAGGCCGUGAUCGACCAGCUGAAGGACCUGCACUUCACCAUCCAGGGCCUGGUGUCGGGCACAGCUUACUACGUCCAGGUGUCUGCCUACAACAUGAAGGGCUGGGGUCCCCCACAAGCCUCCAUCCCCCCUUUCGCCAUCCCUUCCAACUGGCGGGAGUAUGACGGCCGGGCGCCGCGGCGAAGGGGACAACCUGAAGCUCUGGAUCAUCUGCUGGGCCAGGUGAAGAACAUCCACCAGCACUGCGUUUGCCAUGAGCCCUGCAAGAACCAGCCCCAGAGCAGGAAGCACUCGGUCUCCAAGAGCCUGAAGCACCUCUUCCACCCUGGCAGCAAGUUUCUCAAGACACUGAAGCGGGGCCUCUAUCUGACAGCCAUCUUCUACAAGGAUGACAACAUCCUGCUGACCCAUGAAGACCAGAUCCCCGUGGUAGAGAUUGACGACACCUACUCCUGCCUACUCAUGCAAGAUUUUCUCUGGUUCACUAAGGUGUCCUGCAUGUGGGACGAGAUCCUGUGGCUGCGGCAGUGCGUCACUGUCUCCCAGUCAUCCUGCUCCUGCAUCCUGCAGACGCGCUUCAAGAUGCUGCUGGCCAUCUCACAAAUGCAGGGGCUGCUGGGCAUCCAGGACCUGGGGCAAGUCUUCUUUGAGCCUGUCAAAGACAAACAGGGCAACAUCCUCAUCGUCACCCUGAAGGAGGUGAAGACCAACCAGACCUUCGAGAGUGUCCGCUGGGUUCCCAUCUGCAAGCUGCAGACCAACCGCAAGUCCGUGUCUUCCCCGGAGGAGCCCACCGCCCUGGACACGCUGCUGAUCUCCAUCCAGGACAAGCUGGCUUACCACCAGCGGAGCAGCCAUGCCCUCUCACCAGGACUGUACCUGGGAUACUUGAAGCUCUGCAGUGCCGUGGAUCAGAUCCGAGUGUUGGUGCCAGAGCGACUCCCCAACAUCCUGUGCCACGUCAAGAUCCGCUCCAACCCCAACAUCUCCAGGGAGGAGUGGGAAUGGCUGCAGAAGAUGGCCAGCGUGGAGGAGCCUGUUCCAACGGAGCCAGAGGCUGAGGCCUCUCAGAACCACUUGUUUCAGGAGCUCCAAGUGGCCAUAAAGGAGCUGAUGACCCUGGUCAACAUCCCGUUGCAAGAGGCCAAAGACUUCCGUCUGUACAGCCAAGAAGUGCUGGACUUUGGGGACCAGGUCUCCUUCCUGCUGCUCCUGCCUCCGUCGGAUGACGUCUGCACUGCUCCAGGCCAGAACAACCCCUACACCCCUCGCUCCGGCUUCCUCACGCUGCCGCUGCAGAUCUUCGAGCUAGUCCACUUCUUCACGUAUGACCGUGAGUUCAUCACCCAGUACUGCCAGGUGUCCGCUCUCCUGGAGCUGGAGUCACUCCUCUCUCAGCAGAGCCUCAGGGAGGCUUUCUCCGACGCCGAGCUCUCCACUGCGAAGCAGAGGCACCAGCAGAUUCAGGACUACAUCCAGCAAAUGGAGGAAAUCUGGCGUGAGAUGCGCUGGAUUAUGGAUGCCCUGCAACACGCACGGUACAAGCAGCCCUCCUGCGGUGUGUCUCUCAGCGGCUUCCUCAGCGAGGCUGGCGACUCGCAUGGGCUGUCGGACGAAGAGGGCUCCUCAGAGGUGUUCCUGGCCACGGACAGUGACUACGACUCCAGCAGG